AUGUUCUUUUCGCACCUGGCAGAGGAACCCGUCCUUCAUCGACUACCUAUUAAGCGUGUAGCCUUAAAUUCUGGACGCGUCUGUCUGUCUCUCUGUUUUUUAUAUUUUCCUAUUUUCUUGCUUAGGCGUCAUGACAGUCGAUCUGCUUGCCAGCGUCUCUGCUUCUACUUCCGGCUAUUCAUAUCUAUCUAUCUAUCUAUCUAUCUAUCUAUCUAUCUAUCUAUCUAUCUAUCUAUCUAUCUCUUGGGUUCAUUUCAUUAUCUAUCUAUCUAUCUAUCUAUCUAUCUAAGUCUGUUCAUAUAUAUCUAUCUAUCUCUCUACCUAUCAAUCUGUCUCAUCUGUUCAUAUCUAUCUAUCUAUCUAUCUAUCUAUCUAUCUAUCUAUCUAUCUAUCUCACUCAGUCUGUUCAUAUCUAUCUAUCUAUCUAUCUAUCUAUCUAUCGAAAAACUAUUUUAUUUGAAAAAAAGAGAAUUUUUUGAUGAAGGCAGACCAAGGCAUAAGUUUUUUUUUCUUCUGCUUAUUUUUAUCUUUCUUUCUUUCUUCCUUUCUUUCUUCCUUUUCUUUCUUUCUUUCUUUCUUUCUUUCUUUCUUUCUUUCUUUCUUUCUUUUCUCCAUCUUCUAUUUCUAGUUUUUUUUCCUCCUUUCUUUUCUCCUUUCUUUCUUUUCUCUUUCUUCCUUUCUUUCUUUCUUUUCUGCAUCUUCCAAUUCUCCUUCUUUCUUUCCUCUUUCUCCUUUCUUUUCUCUAUCUUUUCUCCUUCUUUCUUUUCUCUUUCUUUCUUUCUUUUCUCCUUUCUUUUCUCCUUCUUUCUUUUCUCUUUCUUUCUUUCUUUCUUUCUUUCUUUCUUUCUUUCUUUCUUUCUUUCUUUUCUCCUUCUUUCUUUUCUCUUUCUUUCUUUCUUUCUUUCUUUCCUCCUUUCUUUUCUCCUUCUUUCUUUUCUCUUUCUUUCUUUCUUUCUUUCCUCCUUUCUUUUCUCCUUCUUUCUUUUCUCUUUCUUUCUUUCUUUCUUUCUUUCUUUCUUUCUUUCUUUCUUUUCUGCAUCUUCCAAUUCUCCUUCUUUCUUUCCUCUUUCUCCUUUCUUUUCUCUAUCAUUUCUCCUUCUUUCUUUUCUCUUUCUUUCUUUCUUUCUUUCCUCCUUUCUUUUCUCCUUCUUUCUUUUCUUCUUUCUUUCUUUCUUUCUUUCUUUCCUCCUUUCUUUUCUUCUUCUUUCUUUUCUUCUUCUUUCUUUUCUCUUUCUUUCUUUCUUUCCUCCUUUCUUUUCUCCUUCUUUCUUUUCUCUUUCUUUCUUUCUUUCUUUCUUUCUUUCUUUCUUUUCUCCUUCAUCCUUUUACUUUCAUCUCCUUUCUCUUCUUCAUUUCUCAUUUUUUUCUUUUCUCCUUCUUACCCUUCUACUUCUUUUUUUUCUUUCUUUUUUCCUUCUUUCUUUUCUCCUUCAUUCUCCGACUUUCUUUCCCCCUUUCUUUACGAAAUACGUCAAUGAAACCUGA